AUGCGCCUCUGCAGGGUGAGGGUGAUGGCACUAAUCCGUGCCUGGAGCACGGUGUGGUGCAGGGCAAGGAAACAGCCUCCAUUUUUUUCCCUUACUGCACAGAUCCUUUGCACCAAGCAGCUGUUUUGCCUUUAUUCAUUGAGGAGUUUGUCUGACCUCUGUUUCCCCUUCUUAGGCCAUGAACCUGGACUUGUGCAGCUGGUGAAUUACUACAGGGGAGCAGACAAGCUGUGCCGCAAAGCAUCUCUGGUGAAGCUAAUCAAGACAAGCCCUGAGCUAUCAGAGUCCUGCACGUGGUUCCCUGAAUCAUAUGUGAUUUACCCAACAAACUUGAAGACCCCCGUGGCUCCAGCACAGAAUGGAAUUCGCCAUCUCAUCAACAACUCGAGGACAGACGAGCGGGAAGUGUUCCUGGCAGCUUACAACAGGCGGCAGGAAGGCAAAGAAGGCAACGUGUGGAUCGCCAAGUCCUCAGCUGGUGCCAAAGGGGAAGGGAUCCUGAUUUCUUCAGAGGCUUCAGAGCUCCUGGACUUCAUUGAUGAGCAGGGACAAGUGCAUGUGAUUCAGAAAUACCUGGAGAAUCCUUUACUUUUAGAGCCAGGGCAUCGCAAGUUUGACAUCAGGAGCUGGGUUCUCGUGGAUCAUCAAUAUAAUAUCUACCUCUACAGAGAGGGUGUCCUGCGGACCUCUUCCGAACCAUAUAACAGUGCUAAUUUCCAGGACAAAACCUGCCACUUGACCAAUCACUGCAUUCAGAAGGAAUAUUCCAAAAACUACGGGCGGUAUGAGGAAGGGAAUGAAAUGUUCUUCGAGGAGUUCAACCAGUAUCUGAUGGAUGCCCUGAACACAACGCUUGAGAAUAGCAUCUUACUGCAAAUCAAACACAUAAUAAGAAGCUGCCUUAUGUGUAUAGAGCCUGCAAUCAGCACGAAGCAUCUUCACUACCAGAGCUUCCAGCUCUUUGGCUUUGACUUCAUGGUGGAUGAGGAGCUGAAGGUCUGGCUAAUAGAAGUCAACGGGGCCCCAGCAUGUGCCCAGAAGCUGUAUGCAGAGCUCUGCCAAGGAAUUGUGGAUGUAGCCAUCUCCAGCGUUUUCCCCCUCAACGACACUGGGCAGAAGAUGAACCAGUCAUCAUCAAUCUUCAUCAAGCUGUGAUGACAACACAACUGCCACUGCUGUGAACAGGAGAGACUGCACCCCUCGGGUCAGCACAGCUUGGUGGCUUAUCUCAGUAACAUGCCAAAAAGUGAUAGAGACAGGCUUCAUAUUUUAUGGGAGACCACAGGGAAAAACAACAAAACAGGCAUCCUCACAGAGCUGUGAUGAGCCAGAGCUGCUCAGAUAACUCUGCCUGCAUUCACCAAAAUCCACUUUAGAAGCAGUUCCUGUGACUUUGAUACCUGAAACAAAUCUCUCUGGGAGUACAGCAAAACAACCUUAAAAUGAAACCCCAGCAGGGAUACUGUAAUGCUGUAUUAGCUCCUCCUUUUCUAUAGAGAUAACAUUGGGUUUUUUAAGGGAAUCGAGUGGAGAGAACGAUGGAGUUGUCCUCCUCCUCCCGCUGUGUUUAUUCUUUCCUCACCUACUGCAUCAUUAGUGCCUUAGCUCGGCUCCAAAUAGGUGACUCCUUUCCUUUGUUCCUGCUCUGUUACAUAGAAAGGAGUAAGCUCUCCUGGUGCCUAAAACCAGGAACACCAAGAAGUCAGUUUCCUUAGGUCAUUUUCCAAGCUGGUUGGCUGAACACCCAGGCAAUGGCUGGCAGAAGGGUGCUGAACUGCAGGUGGUGAAUUAACCCAAGCAAGGAAGGCGAUUUUCUUUAUUUAUAGCUAUCCCUUUUCCUAUUGAGAUUUGAAUCAGUGUCUGUCCCAGUCUGAGGCAGUUGGAUUCUGCUUAAAAGAGGUAGAGAGACCCCCUCAAGCUCACUGGCAGGCUGUAGGAUUUCUAGAAUCACCUUUGUGCUGUUUCAAGUAGCAGAAACCUGAUUCCAGUUUCUUCUGAGGCACUGCAGUGAGUUUAGGCUCUUCUAUGAGAUUUCACCUUCAGGAUUUACUUGAGGCUUGAACUUGAAACCUUUCUACCCAAAUCCUGUUUAAUCCAGCCAAUUUUAUUCUCCUCUGUUUGACAAAUACUGCAAUCUUCUGCCCUGAUCACAGUCCACAACUUGAUCCUAGCUAGGAGGAAGGUGGGUGAGAUUUUGUAGACCAGGAGACAGACUCCUGUUUGCCACACACAUGGGAAAUCAAGUCCUUUGGGGGGAAGGAGAGGUUAAAUUCCUUGAGAUGUCUGAAUUUCAGAGCUAACAUCUACUUCAAGUAUAACCUACGUCCCUAUCACGUUUCCCACUCUGUGAAGUCUAUCUGAAUUUACAGUGUGAGCCCAGCACAUCCCUCUGGCAGGGAAAGAUGGUCAUGGAAAAAAACUGGUUCCUGUUCCCCGUAACAAAGAAACAAGAAGACAUUGUGGAGGUUACAAGCUGCCUGUGUGUAAUGGGAGUGCAUCAAGCAAUGGAAUUUCUCAGAAGAAUUCUUCCUCAGGAGAACCUGGCAUUUUGGUGUACUCAUCUCUGCUUAUGAUGGAGAUUUCAGAGGUCUUCAUGCAGCAGGCAAUCCUGAUGGGAAGGGCUGGGUGAUAAGCAGGGAGAAGGGUGUGGGGGAAGGUUGGGGGUUUAACCUUAUGACAGCACAGAGGUGUCAGAAUUUCACUGCAGUCCGGGUGAAAUGUGGUGGUAACUCACAGAAGUUAAAUGUAGGCCCUUAAGGGUUGUUACUCAGCUUGCAAAGCUCACCACAUCUCCAUUGAUAUUUUCAUGUUAGCUUAGCUGAGCUUAAAAACUGCACGUUUUUUGCCCAGCAGUGGGAAGACCUCAGAGCAAUCGCUCUCAUCCAGGAUGUGCCUGAGGUGACAGCUGAGCUCUCGUGAACUCCAGGACAGACAGGAACAGAAAACUUCCCUCAUCACAAUGACCCAAGAAAUGCUCAUUUUCUGGGAUGCUAGACCCAUCCUUCUCCUCAAAAGGGAAAUUCAGAUAAUGCUUGGUGGUAGAGCCAGAACUACAGACAUUGCAACUAUUCAUAGCCUGCCUUUCCAGCUGGGCUUGGGGGAGGUAGUGUUUCAGGGACACUUAAAUCCUCUGUUCGCUGAAUUUUUCAGGAAUAAGCAACAUCCUGUGGAGGAAAAUGUGUAUUUUCCACCUUCUCUCAAAGUGCCCCCCAAAAUAAAGCACAGAAGGUAAAUGAUAAAGGACAGAGAGCACAGUGCCUAAAGUUUUACCCAAAAUACUAGCUAUGAGGUGGAGUAGAGGAUGUGUGUGUGGCUGGGCAUUGCAGCCAUGGGUGCACCUUGCAAGUGAUGCUCACAAGCCCCUGUGAGACUUCCGUUUGUUUCUUUUUUUAGGAAUAUACAACAAUAAAUGUUUUCUAGUUUAUUUCAGCUAAAAGGUC